AUGAAAGUCGUUUCAGCACCGAGCAUGGAAGGUCUCUCACCAAAUUUCUUCUUUUACCCGGAACCACCACCAAUUGACUAUCUUAUGGAUCGACAUGGCAAGCCAGACGUGGGUAGAGAAAUACCUGUUAUUGUAUUAUGCACCAAUGCAUUUGAAGCCGCAAGCCUAAGAUCGAAUGGCCUUCAUCGACUUACCGACAUUGGCCGAAUCAUCGAGGUGAUCGCCCAACCGUGUGGUCCCCAGAAACUGGCCAAGGUCCUGCAGCGGUGUAUGCGACGACUGAAAGUCCAAGGCGCAGAUGGUUUCAGAGGGUCCGCAAACCAUGUGACUCUGGCGUUGAACCGAGAGAGGUACUCAUCAUUGGCCACGGAGGGUCCGAUCGAUGCUACAAGGACUCGGGGAAACUCUCCUCAUUCCCAAAGCCUCUCGGUUGAGAGAAGGAAGAGUUCGGCCGAUCGAGCAAUGAAAAGGCCCAGUAUAUCAGAACAAGUCAAUCUUCAUCAGCUAGGAGAGCCAAGCAGCCCAGCAUCACCCAUUCACUCUGAUGAGAACAGACCAAAGGUCUUGGUGGUCGAUGACAAUCAAAUCAAUUUGCAUCUCCUCCUGACCUUCGUUAGGAAGGCUGCACAUCCGUACGAAUCGGCAACCGACGGAUCCAAGGCUUUGGAGGCAUACAAACGUAGUGUGCUUGAAGAUGGCGGUAAAUACGGAUUCCCAAUUCAUUCUGAUGGAUAUAACGAUGCCCGUCAUGAAUGUGAUUGUGUCCACUCGGGAGAUUCGCAAAUUCGAAAAGGAGCAUCAGAUUGA